AAAAAAUAAAAUUCGCAAGCAUCCAAAACAAUAGAUCGAAGCAACAAGGCUCCCUAGGGUUUCGAUCGACUUCCUCCGAAGCCGCAGCUAUGGAUUUGUUACAGGGUUAUGCUAACGCGAACGAAGACGAAGAUGCAGUCCAGACAGAAGAUGAAGAAAUUCGGAACCCUAGUUCAACGUCUUCCCCAGGUUCCUCCCCUCCUCGGAUCUCCCUCCCUUCCAAAUCCGCCGCGCCAAAGGUCGACGACACCACGCUCGCCCUCACUGUCGCCGAAGCCAACCGUGCGCUAGAGAAGCCCCUCGACCCGGCUCAGCAUGCCGUCGCCUUCAACCCCACCUACGAGCAGCUCUGGGCUCCGAUCUACGGUCCCGCCCACCCUUACGCCAAGGACGGCGUCGCGCAGGGCAUGCGCAACCAUACGCUCGGCGUCGUCGAGAACGCGCAUAUCGAGUCGUUCGUCUUCGACGAGCAGUACAAUACUUUCUACAAGUACGGCUACGCCGCCGAUCCCUCCGCCAACAACUACGUCGGCGAUUUGGAUGCUCUGCGCCAAAAUGACGGCAUUUCCGUCUAUAACAUCCCGCAGCACGAGCAGAAGAAGAGGAAGAUCGAGAAAAAGAAGGAGUUGAUGGAGGGUGAGGAGGAGAUUAAUGUGGAUGCGUCAGAGAUUGAGAAUCCGGCGUCGGAUACGUGGUUGAUGAAGAAUAGGAAGAGUCCGUGGUCGGGGAGGAAGGAGGAGGUGCAGGCGGAGUUAACGGAGGAGCAGAAGAAGUACGCGGAGGAGUAUGCGAAGAAGAAGGCUGAAGAGAGAGGCGGUGGCGGUGAGAAGCCUGAGGCAGCCCCAGAUAAGAGUACGUUCCAUGGGAAGGAGGAGAGAGAUUAUCAGGGAAGGUCGUGGAUUGCUCCCCCGAAAGACGCGAAGGCUGUGAAUGAUCACUGUUAUAUACCGAAGAGGUUAGUGCAUACUUGGAGUGGGCACACGAAGGGAGUUUCUGCGAUUCGGUUCUUCCCCAAGCACGGGCAUUUGAUUCUUUCUGCGGGGAUGGAUACAAAGGUGAAGAUUUGGGAUGUGUUCAAUUCGGGCAAGUGUAUGAGGACUUACAUGGGGCAUUCAAAGGCUGUUCGGGAUAUUUCGUUUUGUAAUGAUGGGUCCAAGUUUUUGACUGCUGGGUAUGAUAAGAACAUCAAGUACUGGGAUACAGAGACUGGGAAGGUUAUUUCAACUUUCUCUACGGGGAAGAUCCCAUACGUGGUGAAGCUAAACCCAGAUGACGAUAAGCAAAACAUUCUUUUGGCAGGGAUGAGUGAUAAGAAGAUUGUUCAAUGGGAUAUGAACACUGGGCAGAUAACACAAGAGUAUGAUCAACAUCUGGGUGCAGUGAAUACCAUCACAUUUGUAGACAAUAAUAGGAGAUUCGUUACUUCAAGUGAUGAUAAAUCCCUUCGGGUCUGGGAAUUUGGGAUUCCAGUUGUCAUAAAAUAUAUAAGUGAACCUCAUAUGCACUCAAUGCCUUCAAUUUCCCUUCACCCGAAUACCAAUUGGCUUGCUGCACAAAGUUUGGAUAAUCAGAUUCUUAUAUACAGCACAAGGGAAAGAUUUCAGCUUAACAAGAAGAAGAGGUUUGCAGGACAUAUAGUGGCAGGCUAUGCUUGCCAGGUCAAUUUCUCACCGGAUGGAAGGUUUGUCAUGUCAGGAGAUGGGGAGGGUAGAUGCUGGUUUUGGGACUGGAAGAGUUGUAAGGUCUUCAGAACAAUCAAGUGCCAUGAUGGGGUAUGCAUUGGGUGUGAAUGGCAUCCAUUGGAACAAAGUAAAGUGGCAACCUGUGGUUGGGACGGCUUAAUUAAGUACUGGGACUAGCCUCUCAGCGGCUUGACAUUGCAGGGACAAGCUUCUUUUGCAGGCCAGCCCCAUGCAGACAGGUGCCCAUCUGAGUUGAUCGACCCAUCUCAAGACACGGUUGGUGGACGAGGGCUUCUGCAUUGUAUACUCGAAGCCGUUCUGUGGAACGGCAUUCUGUGUUGAAAAUAGAGUGUAGUAGUUGGUCAGAAUUGGGAAUUAUUGAACAUUUGACUAAAACUGGGUAGCUGGAUGCACUCAUGCAGCUUCGUGGAACAACUUUGGCUUCUCUAAUGUAUAAAAUGUUUAUUAGGGCAUUGUAGAUUAGUAGAUUUUGCUACUCAAUUGUGCCAA